AAAUCUCUCUCUCUCUCUCUCUCUCUCUCUCUCUCUCUCUCUCGGCUUUCUUCGGUUCUGUCAUCACCGGUUACCUUAGAAAUAUUAUCAAGCUUAGAUCGGAGAUCGGAGAUCGGAGUAUACGAAUUCCGUUUCACUCAUUCACCGGAUAAACAGGUUGUAAGAGCAAUGAACUGGGUUCAACGUAAAAUCUAUCUUUACAAUGUUACUUUUGGGUUGUAUAUGUUAGAUUGGUGGGAGCGUUGUCUUUUCAAUACCAUUUUGGUGGUUUUGAUGUGGUACAUUCUUUACAACGGAUCCAAACAUGCGAGUUUCAUUUUGCAAGAGGCAUCAGCUUUGGUAACACGCAUGAACAUGUCUAGAAUUUCAACCGGAAAUCCCGGGAAUAUGGAGGCGAAUUGAAUGCCGCCAGUUCAUCGUGUUAUUUUCUGAGUCUUAUUCAAACAAUGCAUGAAAAUGUAUUUACUUGUAGAACCAGUAUUUACAUGCAUGUUCACAAAUUUUCCUCUUUGAUUAUUUUGUAUUCUAAUUGUUAUAUAUUACUUUUUCUUGAAGAUUUUGGCAUCAACCCCAUUUUUUCUUA